GUUCUAAGAAACUCCUGUUGGAAAGUGCUUUUGGCUCCUUCAAAAGCAGUUCCAAAAUGGAGCUAAUUAACUAAUUGUCUUGAUUAUUGGAAAUAUUUCUGAAGCACUACGUAGUAUUGAAUGAUUGAAAAUAAAAAAUCCAAUUAAUUGUAAAAAUCAAAUCUACUGACUAAAACAUCCGUAUCAUUGAGCCGCGUCCGAUUACCUGACUGCUUUAUUACGUGAAAAUUGUGCCCCCAAAGAAAGUAAAAAGAAAAUUGGGGCUGUUGACAAUUGCCGUGGUCCAUAAUUAUUUAAAAAACCGUGAUAAAUUCCUAUAUAAAACCCCAUUUCCAAAAACCCUAGUUUCCUCCAUAACCUUUGCUUGUGCGUUGCGCCACCCAGUAAGCGAUACAAUGUCGACCGCCGAGCUUGCUUACUCCUACGCAGCCAUGAUCCUUCAGGACGAUGGCAUGUCGAUCACUGCUGAGAAGAUCGGCGCCUUGGUGAAAUCUGCUAAUGUGUCAGUGGAGUCAUGCUGGCUUGGCCUCUUUGCCAGGCUCGCAGAAAAGAGGAACCUGGAGGAUCUUUUUUUGAAUGCUUGCGCAACCGGUGGUUCACCUCCGGUAGCCGUGCCCCCUUCUGCUGCUGGUGCAGGUGGUGCUUCCAGCGCCGCUGCCCAACUUUGUCAAGGGGAUGAUUUUCGGUUGCUGAUAUUGUGCCCGCUACUUCGAUUGCGACUGCCUUUACCCAGGGCGGUAGCGUUGGCUCUGGCUAUGACGUAAUUUGUACGGAAUGUGGCGGUGUUGGGAGCCACUUUGGUGUGCGUGGUGAAGACUGUUUUGAAGGAUUGUGAUUAUUGUGGAGCGAGUGGCCAUUGGUUUGUUGAAUGCCAGAAACAUGCCACAUUAAAAAAUCUAAGAUUUCUUAUGUACAAGUGAAGAAAAUAUAAGUAAAUUGUAGUACUAAGUAAAUAAUUGUACUUUCUUAUAAUGGAGAAAAUAGAGUUUGAGGGUCGCAUAAUCUUAAAAUAUAGUUGGACCGA